GAGAGGAGGUGGACGAGUAGUGUUUCGCCAACUCUUCCGUACUCGCAGAUAUUUCCUUCACUCCCCCCUCUUCCUUCAUCUCUCCCAAUGCCGCCGUUUCUCUCUUCUUCUUCUUCUUCUUCUCAACACAACAACACUUCACCAAAAUAGAACUCUCCAAAACGUAUUUUCAUGUUAACAACUGUGUACCAAAACCUCCCCAACUCGCUCGAUUCUCGAUCUCCGAACUCAAAUAUAUAUAUUUACCAAACAGAACUUAUCAUCUAAGUCAUAAAUAUUAUUAUUGUUAAAAUUACGUUUCGUUCGUCUAUAAUUUAUGCCAAUGGCUUUCCAGAGUGCUGAUCGAUUUGCCUCUACUGAAUCGGCCGAGGUGUUCAACGUUCUGAUUCUGGAUAGCAACAGCAACCAUGCUAAUCCGAAUGCUUUGACUAAUAAGGAUUUGGGUACUGUUGGUUCCUUGAGGGAUGGUUCACAUCAGUCAGGAUUCAUGUCAUCUGUGGUUGACUCUAAGACAACAUAUUUGUCCAAUGUCUAUUCUCCCGACGCACAGUUCUAUCAUGAAGCUCGCAAACAGGGUUCAUUGCUUCCAUAUGUUAAUGCUGAGGGUUUGGACAACGGUUUCCAUGACAUCUAUAAUGAAACUGCAUCUCUUGGAGUUCAUGGUUUUGGGCAUACCCCACAAAUGCCACAAAGAGAUUAUACUCCGGUUUCAUCUUAUCUUUCUCGUGUUGGAGAUCCUAUCCUACUGUCCAAUGCAAGGCAUUUCGGUACCUUAGAUUCAUCUUAUCACCAGCCAUCAGUUCCCCAAAAUAUUCCACAUGUUACUUCAAAGGCCCAAAUUUCUCAUUUAGAGUUUCCUGUAAAUAUUGAGCAACAACUGGUUGGAAAAAGAUUUGGGCUGAGACCCAAUUACCUUCCUCAAUCAGGAUCAUUUGGUGGAGGAAGCAACUUCUUAGCAAGCUCGAGCAGUCUUUGCUCCUCAUACCAAGCGUCUGAAGGGUUUGCAGUUGGUGGAAUCUGCUCAGACUGGUCAAAGCCUUUUAAUGGGAAGAGUUCUUUGUUUCAUACAUCAUAUCCAUCAGCUUCUCCAAAACUAGUAGGUUCACUAGAGAUUUCUUCAAAUGACCUUGCAAUGGCGUCUUUUCAAAAUGGACCAUUUAAUGGGUUUGGUUCUUGUUCUGGCUCCAACUCUAGAGGCUACAUUGGUAGCCAAAGUGAUUCAAGUGCUUGUCACGGAAGAGUCUCCUCUUCUAGUUUAGGAAUAAGUGGUCAUAACUGGCCUACCCUUGAUGAAGCAAGGCAAGGAAGGAGCUGCAAUGACUUCUCCUGCAGUUGUACUGUAACACUUGAUACACUAAGUGAACGUAACAGGGGACCUAGGGCAUUUAAGCCUAAAACUCAGAUAACUACCAAGGGUUAUAUUGUUGGUAUCAGCAAGAAUGGAACAACUAAUGACAUUACCAAUGGAUCAUACAAUCAAAACAAUUUUGCUACUGAUUAUGAAGAUGCCAAGUUCUUUGUGAUCAAGUCCUAUAGUGAAGAUAAUGUUCAUAAGAGCAUAAAGUACGGUGUCUGGGCAAGCACUCCGAUCGGCAGCAAAAAAUUGGAUACUGCUUAUCACGAGGCAAAAGCUAAACAAGGAACAUGUCCCAUCUUUCUCUUAUUUUCGGUGAAUGCAAGCGCUCAGUUUUGUGGAGUGGCCGAGAUGGUAGGACCUGUUGACUUCGAUAGAAGUGUGGAUUACUGGCUUCAGAAUAAGUGGUCUGGGCAAUUCCCUGUAAAGUGGCACAUUGUUAAAGAUGUGCCCAAUAGUCAGUUCCGCCACAUUCUGCUCGAAAGUAAUGGCAACAAGCCUGUUACUAACAGUAGAGAUACUCAAGAGGUUGAAUUCGAACAGGGUAUCGAGAUGAUAAACAUUUUCAAAAACUAUGUAGGUUGUUCUUCCAUCCUAGACGACUUCUAUUUCUACGAAGAGCGGCAGAAAGCAAUGCAGGAAAGGAAGGCCAGGCGGCUAACGACCCUAGUGGCUUCCGACGACUUUGUUCACGAAGGACCGAACCUUGCUGCACUCCCCAAUGAUCUCUUAAAGAAAAUGUCCAAGAGCUUCGCCGAAGUUCUUUAGUUGAAUGAGAAUGAGAAAGCAGGCGGAGCAACUAAAGAGGUGCUCUCUGCUGCCUGUGGAGGCCAUGGUAGAUAGCUGCAACCACAAAUUCGGCCAGCAAUGAAACGAAUAUUGUCGGUAGGGAAUUACUACGGUUUAUAUGCAUUAAAUCGUGUUCUUUACUAUUUCCCUCCCCCACGAGUUUUAAGGCACUUAGUUUGGGCUAUAACUCGGUUCAUGGAUUUUAUUUGUUUAGAUUAGACAGGUAUAUUGUGCAGUUGUCCAUAAGAUAAGACUUGGUUCAUAACUUAAUAUCGUAUGUAUACAGUCUAUACACAAUAUAUAUAUACCGCUACUGAUAUUACAGAUAUUCUAAAUUCUUUCCAAAAAGCCU